UUGGUAUUGAUCUGGGAACGACAUACUCUUGUGUCGGUGUAUGGCAAAACGGCCGGGUUGAAAUUAUUGCAAACGACCAGGGUAAUCGAACGACACCUUCAUAUGUUGCUUUCACCGAUACAGAACGUCUGAUCGGUGACGCCGCAAAAAACCAAGUCGCCAUGAAUCCUUAUAAUACUGUUUUUAACGCUAAACGUCUUAUUGGUCGUAGAUAUCAUGAUCCUGAAGUUCAAUCGGAUAUGAAGCAUUGGCCAUUUAAAGUUAUUGAAAAGAACGGAAAACCAUAUAUCCAAAUCGAAUUUAAAGGUGAAACUAAACAAUUUACACCUGAAGAAAUAUCAUCUAUGGUUUUGCUAAAAAUGAAGGAAACUGCCGAAGCCUUCCUUGGUACAAAGGUUACAAAUGCAGUUAUUACAGUUCCUGCAUAUUUCAAUGACUCACAACGUCAAGCUACGAAAGAUGCUAGUAUGAUUGUUGGAUUAAAUAUUCUCCGUAUCAUUAGUGGACCUACAGCCGCGGCUAUCGCUUACGGUUUAGAUAAGAAAACUGCUGGUGAAUACAAUGUGUUGAUCUUCGAUUUAGGUGGUGGUACUUUAAAUGUGUCU